ACUGAUAAAUAAUAUAACGUGUAUGAGAUACGAAAAUAGCCAAUAUGGCACCAAGGAUUAGAGACUUGAUGAGGUUCUGGAACUGGGACCUGGAGGCGACAUGGUUCAGUGACCUCGUAGGCGGACUGGAAUUAAGCUGGACAACUUCUAAGGAAGUGGAAGAGACGUCCCGUUGGAUAUCCUCAGUCAGGGAUGUCUUCCUCAUCACUUAUUGCCGUGUCGCUUCUGAUAACUUCCACAAUAUCUCUCGAAGGCAUCGGUAGUAAAAAUUACUGUUUUGAACGCUCUUAUAUCACAUAAAAUGUGUUUCUAGCUAUUUUUGAACUGUGUAGAAACAUUUAUUUCGCUUGGUAA